AUGUCAUAUGCACUAAGAAGUGCAUUAGGAAUAAUGAGCAUAGGGGAGGCGCUUCUUCCGAAAAUUACCCUUCCUUCGAUAACUCUUCCUAUACCUUCGUUUCUUAAUCCUAAACGGACGCAAGAAGAUCCACCUACAAUUGAAGAAAAGCUAAGUGAAAUAGCAGAGAAUGCUGCUAACAAUGGAGCAAAAGUUCCUUUUUUUACGGGUAAUGGAAUAUACCUUGCUGCCCCAAAAAAGAAGAGAUCACACAUGAAAAGAAGAUUAAGGGUUUAUACACCUGGAAGCAAGCACGUGAAGCUCAAAAACGAGUUGAACAGGUGUCCCGCAUGUGGACACUACAAGAGAGCACAUCAUCUUUGCAUGAAUUGUGUCUCACAAAUACAACAAUACUGGAAACAGAGAGAUGCUAAGCUUAAACCUCCGGCAUACAAGGAAGAGUUCGCCAAUCCUCUUGAUGAGCAGGUACUGUACCCAGGAAAGACAGAGAGGGCAUAUGACAGGAAGUUAAGAUUGAAAGACUAUUUGGUGAAAAGGCCAAAAACUCUUCCGGUGGAAAAAUGA